AUGGCCCUUGUAGCCUUUUUUGCCGGACGUCGAAUCAUCAAUGUCACGAAGUUGAAGAACCAAAAAUUAAUGCCAACACCUCACCAAGUGUCAAUUCUUAUCAGCUUGCUCAGCGGAAGUGGCAUCCGGCCCCUGUGGGAUACCUUAAACUGGUUUGGUGUAGCCACACAACCAGCAACUGUCGACAUCUUGACGGCGUCCAACCAAACUUUUGCGUACGGCCGUGAGCUGAAUUCCAACAUUUGCAGUUCUCUGUGGCAUCAACUGCCCUGUAUAGGCGAUAGCUCAUCCACCUGUGACUAUCCCUGUAGCAUUACUGAUUGGAAUGCGUCCACCGGUGCCGAGAGGUUUGGCUUGCAGCAUGCCCAAGAAGCCGCUGAAGUGUUGAUGAAUAACUCUUACACAAAUUUCGUCAUCAAUGUCACAGCCGGCUCGUACGAUUCGCAGCAUUACUUCCUUGGGGACAAGCGUAGCAGUUCCUCUCAGGACUUCACCACCGAUACCUUUGCAGUGACCACACAAUGUCGGAUCAUAACACAGAAUUGCAACGGCACUGGUUUCACCUGCGGAAACUAUACCGCCCCAUCUUUUGCAUGGUCUGGAGCAGUGGGAGUGGACCCGACAUCUGCUACAGGACCUGCUAAUCAGUCAACCAGCGGUAUACAAUUCUUCAAUGAUAGUGCAUUGAUUAGUCCCGUCAGCAGCAAUGCGUCCAAAGGGCUCUUCACCUCAAUAUAUCCCGCUCCUUUCUUGAUGUGGUCCAAGGGCUUUCCUCUAUCGACACCUCAGCAGACCAAUUUAGCUACAUGCGCGACAAUCAUUAUCUUGGCUAUGAUGAAUCAGGUGAUCCGGUCUUUGUGUUAA